AUGACCACUCCACCUUCACCUUCCGGUUCACCACCUGCCAAACGAAUGAAGUCCGACAGUGUAAACGGAAAUGCAGCUAUAGUAUCAGCUCAACCUUCAGAUGUGAUAUCCACCAAUGGCUUCACCGAAAUCACAGAGGCUCCGAUUAAAGCUCUGUUCAAUCCUUCCACUUCAGGUACUACGGAGAUUAUACCUAAAGCAUCUACUUCGCAACAACAACAAUCACAAUCCACGAGUAAACCUCCAAAAGCGAAGAAAAACAGAAAACAAAAGAGAUUCUUACCGGAAAAGUAUUCUCCAGCGGAUGUUAUAUAUCAAGAUGUCAGAGAUUUCUUGGGUCCAGCAAAUGUAGAUGAGAUAUUGAGUAAAUCAGAUGCAAGUGAAUGGGAAGCACCUGGAGAAUUGAAAUUGUAUGAACAAGUCGAAUUGACCGUUGGCGCGUUUACAGUGUCUGGUGAAUCCCUGGCAUUAGCACCUGGAGAAAAGAAAUGGGCAGUCAUAGCCCCAUUCGCUCAUCCAGGCGACAGAAUAAAAGCGAAAAUAUAUAAACAUGACAGAUUAUGUAGUUAUGCCGAUUUGGUAGAGAUUCUGGAGUACAGCGAAGAGUAUAGAGGGGGUGAAGGUGAUAGGAGGAAAUACCCAGGCCAGGGUUGUAAAUAUUUUGGAGAGUGUGGAGGAUGUCAACUACAACCACUACCAUACGAGCUUCAAUUACUGCACAAAAAACGCACAGUAUCCUUAGCAUAUGCUAGAUUUUCUGAUCUUCCAUCAAACCUAAUACCCGAGAUUCAACCCACCAUCGGAUCACCUAAACAAUGGCAAUAUAGAACAAAGAUAACACCUCAUUUUGAUGCUCCUCCUAAAUGGGCCCAAAAGAGGUUGAAGGAGGGCGGUGAAGAAGAUGCGAUGAACGCCUUGAACGAAGGUAAAGGAUGGGAAAUCAGGAUUGGUUUUGAAAGAAAAGGUAGACCUGGUGUGAUGGACAUCGAGGAAUGUCCAAUAGCCACUCCUGUGCUAAAUAAGAAGAUGACCGAGGAGAGGAAGAGGGUGCAAGAGACUAUCAUGUCAUUCACUCGUGGAGCUACCUUACUUCUGCGAGAUUCAUUACCUGCACCGACACCUUUACCUGACUCUUCAACUCCAUUUUCAUCAUCGACAGAACCUAUCAUCCCACCUGAAGACCAUAUCGCAAUCACGAAUCAUAAAUUACCUGUAUAUGAAAGAGUAGGAAGCUAUUUAUUCUCAUUUACAGCAGGAUCAUUUUUCCAAAAUAACAAUUCGAUCUUGAUACCUUUAACCGAAUAUGUCAAAGAAGCGAUCUUCCCUCCACAUUCCAAAGCUCCCAAACCGACUUAUCUAGUUGACACAUAUUGUGGAUCAGGUCUGUUUGGUAUAACCCUGAAUGAACCAUUUGAGAAAGUGGCCGGCGUAGAGAUUAGUCAUGAUUCAAUCGUUGCGGCUAAGAAAAACGCAGAGAUGAAUGGACUACAAGAUAAGACCACUUGGCUAUGUGGUAAAGCAGAAGACAUCUUUGGCGGUUUAGAUGAAAAAGGGUUCCAAGGUGCUAAAAGCUGUGUUGUAGUUGAUCCACCAAGAAAAGGAUGUGACGAACCAUUCUUAACUCAAUUGCUCUCUUUCAAACCUUUGACUAUAGUUUAUGUAUCAUGUAAUGUACAUACUCAAGCUAGGGAUGUGGGAUACCUGAUUCGUGAAAGUGAAUCUAGAGGUGAAGGGAAAUGGAAAUACGUUGUUGAAAGUUUAAGAGGUUUCGAUCUGUUCCCACAGACUGCUCAUGUGGAGAGUGUAGCUGUACUUCGGCUAGUUCAGAGCGGAAUAUAG